AUGGGCAACCGAAUUGACAACCGGAACUUCGAUUAUGUGUUGCCCGUCCACGUUGACGUGGACCAAAUAAGUGAAGUAAACAAAACGUGCAUUUACAUUAGUGGCAAUGUGAACCCAUACGUGUAUAGCAAAAACACCAGUGGAAAAUUAACCAAGGUGUUAGGAGGGCCCUACAAUUACCAAUCGCUAGCAUCGGCUGAGGAGGAACCUGAGCUAGCUACAGUUAAAGAGGAGAGGCGACCAUGUAGCACGCCUAAAGGUGGAGUGACCACCUCGGAACAAAUUAUAGCAGAUAGAACUCUCCUGGGUAAUGGAGCAAACAGUGUGGUAACCACUACACUCAUCGGCCCAACACCAAAUGUACAAAUGUUUAGUAAGGGAAUUGAAUCACCUCAGUUAAACAUACGCAUAAAAAACAUACAAGGAUUUCGUGAUGAUCGAGAAAAAACUCUAGAGGAAAUAGUUGUAAAAAACUUAGAACAAAUAAUCGACCAAGGUAUGUAUAAAUUUCAGCAGUUCCAUAUCCGAAUACAAAUUAUACGUGAGUCAUCCUACGUUUUGUCUAGCAUAAUAAAUUCUAUCAUCCUUAAUUUUAUAUACAACAACAUAAGCUUGAACUUUGUGGUGAAUUCUAUAAACGUCGGGAUUGUUGAUAGAAGCAAGUAUGGGGCCUAUGUGGCGGAACAGGAUCGUGUAAAAGUUGGGAUGGUAUCGGAGGGCCCGGGAAAUGUCAACAACCCCAGGGUAUUUAGCAAUGACGAGGUGACUACCCCUCCGUACGCAGACAAACUCUUCUACGCAGACCAACAGACUUACAUCCCCAAAAUUAUUCUGGAUCCCCUCGAUGAGGAAGUGGACUUGUACUGCAGUAGCGCCUUCUGCUUCAUCGUCGCACCGGAAUUUCAAAAGGUUAUCUCAAACAUCGUAAUAAAGAAUUCUGUCGGAAUGUCGUCUGAAUUGUUUACUCUCUCCAAAUGGUAUGCUUGUGAGGUUUCUCGACAUUUGCACAGCGGCAUCAGGCGCAGUUACGCUUCGCACUUGAAACGCCUGGAAACCUGCCUUGAGAGCAACUACCUCUAG